AUGUAUCACAAGCGCAUCGCCUGCGGCUUCAUGGCGGCUCUGGCUGCCUAUGCCUCCGCCGCCGACUCGGAUGUCCACCAGCUCACCCAGGACACCUUUGACGAGUUCAUCAAGUCCAACGACCUUGUCCUUGCCGAGUUCUUCGCUCCCUGGUGCGGCCACUGCAAGGCCCUCGCCCCCGAGUACGAGGAGGCUGCCACUACCCUCAAGGAGAAGAACAUCAAGCUUGCCAAGGUUGACUGCACCGAGGAGGCCGACCUCUGCAAGAACUUUGGUGUCGAGGGUUACCCCACCCUCAAGGUCUUCCGUGGCCUUGACAACAUCACUCCCUACAGCGGUCAGCGCAAGGCUGCUGGCAUCACCUCCUACAUGAUCAAGCAGUCCCUCCCUGCUGUCUCCAUCCUCACCAAGGACACCCUCGAGGAGUUCAAGACUGCCGACAAGGUCGUCGUCAUCGCCUACAUCAACGCCGACGACAAGGCCUCCAACGAGACCUUCUCCAAGAUCGCUGAGGGUCUCCGCGACACCUACCUCUUCGGUGGCGUCAACGACGCCGCCGUUGCCGAGGCUGAGGGCGUCAAGGCCCCCGCCGUGGUUGUCUACAAGGCCUUCGAUGAGGGCAAGAACACCUUCACCGAGAAGUUCGAGGCUGAGGCCAUCGAGUCCUUUAUCUCCACCUCCGCCACCCCUCUCAUUGGCGAGGUUGGCCCUGAGACCUACGCCGGCUACAUGUCUGCCGGCAUCCCCCUGGCCUACAUCUUCUCCGAGACCGCUGAGGAGCGCAAGGAGCUCGGUGACGCCAUCAAGCCCAUUGCUGAGAAGUACAAGGGCAAGAUCAACUUUGCCACCAUUGACGCCAAGGCUUUCGGUGCCCACGCUGGCAACCUGAACCUCAAGACCGACAAGUUCCCCUCUUUCGCUAUCCAGGAGAUUGCCAAGAACCAGAAGUUCCCCUUCGACCAGGAGAAGGAGAUCACCCACGACAACAUCGCCAAGUUCGUUGAGGACUUCUCUGAGGGCAAGAUUGAGCCCAGCAUCAAGUCUGAGCCCAUCCCCGAGACCCAGGAGGGUCCCGUCACUGUCGUCGUCGCCAAGAGCUACAACGACAUCGUCCUCGACGACACCAAGGAUGUCCUGAUUGAGUUCUACGCUCCCUGGUGCGGUCACUGCAAGGCUCUCGCCCCCAAGUACGAUGAGCUUGCUACCCAGUUCGCUGCCUCUGAGUUCAAGGACAAGGUUGUCAUCGCCAAGGUUGAUGCCACCCAGAACGACGUUCCCGAUGAGAUCCAGGGCUUCCCCACCAUCAAGCUGUACCCCGCUGGUGGCAAGGACGCUCCCGUCACCUACCAGGGCUCCCGCACUGUUGAGGACCUCGCUGAGUUCAUCAAGGAGAACGGCAAGUACAAGGCCGAGCUCUCCGCCAAGGAGGAGGGCACUGAGGAGGCUGCCCCCGCCGCCAGUGAGGAGAAGAAGGAGGCUGAGAAGGAGAAGGAGGCCGAUGGCCAUGAUGAGCUGUAA